AUGCCUGGGAACGACGAGGUGCUUUCCAGAGAACCAAUGUGGAUGUCACCGCCAACAUCAGAACCACGUAAACGACCAGCCCCGAUUUACGCGGAUAUCGCUUACACGACCGGCGGCGAGAUGAACUCGGUUCCUGCUUGGAGCGGCAUGCACCUACAACAAGUCACCGAUGCAUCGACUUUGCGGUCAUCACCUAUUUCUCAGGAGAUGCUUCCUCUGGCCGUGUCGGGCCAUGAUGGAUGGAAUCACCCAUCAUGCGGAGAAAUGCUUGACUUCCAGGGUCUGGACGGUGAAGGAGGUAUCGGCCAAGCAUACACCACCGAUGACGCCGUGCCCAUAAUCGACUUGCGAUAUUCAACCCAGUCCCAAGAAGCGGCAAGCCUGAGUAUGGAAGGGGAAAUUAGGCAUAGGAGGCUGUCAAACUCCUCAUUGACGAUUUCAACAUCCGAACACAUGUCUGACAUUCCAUCGUCGUAUGACGACUAUCCUGCUGGCUUGUCGGAAGCUCCCUCCUACACCUCGGAUUACCUGUCGACUGCUUCAAAUCGAACUUCGCUCAUGUCUUCCAUACAAUUGUCGCCAGUAGCUUCACCACGGACCACUCCUCAGAGCCGGCCUGAGCAGGUCAGAGCCCAGAGUCGAGGCAGAGCCUCGCCAUCUCCGAGACCAAGUGUGCGGUCUGCACCAUACACCCUCGAGGCAUCGAAGAGCCAGCGGUGGUCUACCGGAUCAUAUGCGCUGACAACAGAACACCGGCACUCUCCCAUGAUAUUUCAAGGUACCCACGACGGAUACGCCACAGACCAACGCAUGUCACCCCAUGGCUACCCAUCAUUAAUACCGACACAGCCGUUCCACGCAGGUGGCAUUCAGGGCCCCCCUCCCCAUCACCACCAGCCUUUUGUCCUGUCUGGACAGCCAAUGUUUCAAAGGCCUGGCAUGACGUCUCCGGCUCACCUGCCACCGCAAAGCAUGUUCGAGCAACCCCCACCACUGCCAUCACACGGCAUCUUCAAGAUGCUCCAGAGCAACGGAGAUCCCCAUACGCUCCAUGGUCACUACACGGACCUUGCCGAUCCUCCUGAUCUGUUUGGUCCACUGUCAGAGGAGCAAAUCCCACCUCCCGAAGAAGAUAUGAAUCACUCGGACCCCAACAUGAUUCCCUAUGAGCAAGAACUGCGCUUCAAUGGCGACUUGUACACCCCUAGGUGGGUUCGGGGCCAUGGGAACAAGCGCGAGGGCUGGUGUGGUAUUUGCAAGCCAGGCAGAUGGCUGGUUCUCAAGAACUCGGCUUUCUGGUACGACAAGUCCUUCACCCACGGCAUUAGUGCCGCCACAGGCCAUGCAUUUGAGGAGCCUCUGGACACGAGACGGAUGGAUGGAAACCCAGAUGUUUGGGAAGGCUUGUGUCCAUCGUGCAAUGCCUGGGUCCCGUUGGUCAGUAGCAAAAAGAAGGGCACAACAUGGUUUCGACACGCCUACAAGUGCCAUAGCCAUCAGAAGAUCAAGGAUGUGCCCAAGAGACGCCGAGACACGGGUAACAACAGAAAACUGGCUGCUCAAACGCCGAAAGCCAAGCAAGAUACAACGGCACAACAACCCAUGACUCCACAGUCCGUUACGACACCAGUCUCAUGCCUCAACACACCGUCUUCCGUGCCGCCGCCGCCGCCGCUCAUACCCCAAGUUCAUCUUCAAGCAUUGCAUCAUUAG